AUGAUCAAUAAUUUAAUUAUAAGAUAAUCUCAAAAGAUGUUUGUUCCUAAUGAAGAUUAUAAUUCAGAAAGCUUAUAAGUUAAAAGUAUAGUGAGAGGUAGUGAAGGUGAAUAGAAGAUAGUAAUAGAUGGAGUAGAUGAAAUAAAGAAAUAAAAUAAAAAGUAUAUGAAAGUGUCGUAGUCUAAAAAAUAAUAGCUUUGUUAAAUAAUUGAGAUAGAAGGAAAGAAAAUAAAAGAAGUAUUAAAUAUAGAAUGAAUGAGAUAUAGGCUGCCAGAAUUGUGGGUAUAAAGUAUGCAACAGCAAAGACUAUUAUAUUUUACAGAAGAUAAAAGCGAAAAGAGAAGAGAGAAAAUGGUACAAGCAUGUGUGGUUAUACUGAAUUGAUGGAGAAAAGAGUUAAUCGUUUGCAAAUAAUUUCAAUUAUUGGGAAUGAUGUAAAGUAAUGCAAAGAAUAUAUAUUAUGA